UAUGGCAGUCGUGAUGCUGGAGCUUCGCUUGCGAUGUGUACUGUGAGUGUGUGAACUGUGUGGUUUGGCGCAAAGAAGCCGGCCAUUUGUUGUUAAGACUUUAAGAAGCAUAAAAAUGUGUUUUAAUUAUAUUUGAACAGUAUUUGUGCAGUGAAGAGCCAACUGAAGGCUACUAGUGACUGAUAAUGGCAGAUAUUAAGAGUAUGUUCGCCAAAAUGACAAAUAACGACAGCGGGGGUGGUGGUGACAACGGCGAAGUAAUUGCGGAACCAAAGGCUUCAAAAAAACAAACUAUUGAAAAAACGUACCAAAAGAAAUCACAAUUAGAACACAUUCUCCUCCGUCCCGAUACCUACAUAGGUUCGGUAGAGAAAGUUUCGGAAAUUAUGUGGGUCUAUGACGGCGAAAAAGAUGUAAUUGUACAAAAACAAAUUGAAUACGUUCCUGGAUUGUAUAAAAUCUUUGAUGAAAUUUUGGUAAAUGCUGCCGAUAAUAAACAAAGAGAUAAAAAAAUGGACUGCAUAAAAAUUGAAAUCAAUCCUGAAACUAAUACUGUAUCAGUGUGGAACAACGGACAGGGGAUUCCAGUCGUAAUGCAUAAAGAUGAAAAUAUGUAUGUACCCACAAUGAUUUUUGGACAUCUUUUAACAUCCUCAAAUUACAACGACGAAGAAGAAAAGGUUACGGGAGGUCGAAACGGUUACGGUGCGAAACUUUGUAAUAUAUUUAGCACAAAAUUUACAGUUGAAACUGCCACAAAAGAGUACAAACGACAGUAUAAACAAACAUGGGGAAGUAAUAUGACAAAAGCGUCUGAACCAAAAAUUAAGGAAUUCUCAGGGGACGAUUAUACGAAGAUCACGUUUAGUCCGGAUUUGGAGAAGUUUAAAAUGGAUAAAUUAGAUGAUGACAUUGUGGCGCUAAUGUCGAGAAGAGCGUUUGACGUAGCUGCCUCUACGCGAGGCGUCAAAGUAAUGUUGAAUGGAAAAAGGGUUCCUAUUAAAAGUUUCAAAGAUUACGUUGAUUUGUUUGUAAAAGGGAAAGAAGAUGAUACAGGUGGUCAGCUAAAAAUUGUUCAUGAAACUGUAAACGAGAGAUGGGAGGUUGCCAUGACUAUCUCAGAUCGAGGAUUUCAACAAAUGUCAUUUGUGAAUAGCAUAGCUACUACAAAAGGGGGACGUCAUGUGGAUUACGUAGUUGAUAUGAUUGUAAAACAGUUGAUUGAGGUGUUGAAGAAAAAGAACAAAGGGGGUGUUGCUAUUAAACCUUUUCAAGUUAAGAACCAUAUGUGGAUUUUCGUAAAUUGCCUGAUUGUAAAUCCUACAUUUGACUCCCAAACCAAAGAGAACAUGACUUUACAAGCAAAGAGUUUUGGAUCUAAAUGUAAUUUACCUGAAAAAUUUAUUACUCAAAUCACAAAAAGUGGUAUAGUUGAGUCAGUGUUAACUUGGGCCAGAUUUAAAGCUCAAAAUGAACUCGCCAAAACUAGUGGUAAGAAGCAGUCAAAGCUCAAAGGCAUUCCUAAAUUGGAAGACGCAAACGAAGCGGGAACCAGAAAUGCAUUACGGUGUACUUUAAUAUUGACUGAGGGAGAUUCAGCUAAAACGUUGGCUGUAGCAGGAUUGGGAGUCAUUGGGAGAGACUAUUACGGAGUGUUUCCUUUGAGAGGUAAACUUUUAAAUGUAAGAGAGGCUACACAUAAACAGAUUUUGGAAAAUCAAGAAAUAAACAACCUUAUUAAAAUUCUUGGGCUGCAAUAUAAAAAGAAAUACAAUUCUGAAGAAGACAUGAAAACUUUACGUUAUGGCAAAGUAAUGAUAAUGACUGAUCAAGAUCAGGAUGGAUCUCAUAUUAAAGGUUUACUUAUUAAUUUUAUUCACUACAACUGGCCAGAGUUGCUACGACAGAAUUUCUUAGAAGAAUUCAUUACACCUAUUGUGAAAGCUAGGAAGAAAAAUGAGGAGUUAUCAUUCUAUUCACUGCCAGAAUUUGAAGAAUGGAAAUCGAACACACCAAAUCAUCACACAUAUCAAAUAAAGUACUACAAAGGUUUGGGUACUUCAACUUCCAAGGAGGCCAAAGAAUAUUUCAGCAAUAUGGACAGGCAUCGCAUUCGAUUUCGCUAUCAAGGUCAACAGGAUGACGAUCACAUAGUCUUAGCUUUCAGUAAAAAGCAUGUAGAGCAUCGUAAAGAGUGGUUAACUAAUUUUAUGGUAGAAAGCAAACGACGAAAAGAAAUUGGUCUACCGGAAAAAUAUUUGUACGCGAAAGAUACAAAGUACGUGACAUUCACAGAUUUCGUCAAUCUUGAAUUGGUUUUGUUUUCAAAUGCGGACAAUAUCAGAUCCAUUCCUUGUUUAGUGGAUGGACUCAAACCUGGACAGCGGAAAGUUAUGUUCACCUGUUUUAAACGUAAUGAUAAGCGAGAAGUUAAGGUCGCUCAGUUAGCAGGAUCUGUAGCUGAAAUGUCAGCUUAUCAUCACGGUGAAGUCUCAUUGGCUAUGACAAUUGUCAAUUUAGCACAGAAUUUUGUUGGAAGCAAUAAUAUAAAUUUACUUGAGCCAAUAGGUCAAUUUGGCACGAGAGUGGCAGGAGGAAAAGAUGCUGCUAGUGCAAGGUACAUCUUUACAAAAAUGUCACCCUUGGCACGUCUUAUUUUUCAUCCAAACGAUGAUCCUUUACUGAAACAUGAAUACGAUGAUAAUCAAAAAAUUGAACCAGUGUGGUAUAUUCCAAUUAUACCAAUGGUAUUAGUUAAUGGUGCUGACGGUAUUGGUACGGGGUGGAUGACAAAAAUUCCAAAUUAUAACCCCAGAGAGAUUGUUGCGCAUUUGCGUGGAAUGCUGGAUGGUGAAGAUCCUGCACCCAUGUUACCAUGGUACAAAAACUUCAAGGGUACUAUAGACGACGCUGGUGAUCAGAGGUACGUUGUCAGUGGAGAAAUUGCCAUCAUCGGUAACAGCAAGCUUGAAAUUACUGAACUACCUGUUGGUACAUGGACACAGAGUUAUAAAGAAAAUGUACUAGAGCCUUUGGUUCAUGGUUCGGAAAAAGUGAAAGCUGUUUUAAAUGACUACAAAGAGUAUAACACUGAUAUAACCGUCAAAUUUAUUUUGACGCUACAACCUGGUCAAAUGGAAAAUAUGCAAAGAGAAGGGUUACAUAAAAUUUUCAAAUUGCAGACAAUGCUCACAACAGGUUCCAUGUGUACCUUUGAUGAACUUGGUUGUAUUAAAAGGUUUGAUUCCGUAGUCGACAUUUUGAAGGAAUUUUACGUUUUACGUUUGACGAUGUACCAGAAGAGAAAAGAUUAUUUAGAGGGUAUGUUGGAAGCAGAAGCUGCAAAACUAAGUAACCAAGCCCGCUUCAUAAUGGAAAAGUGUAAUCACACACUAGUGGUCGAAAAUAAAAAACGGAAGAUCAUUGUUGAAGAAUUAUUAAAUAAGGGCUAUGCACCUGAUCCUGUCAAAGAGUGGAAGAAAAGAAGUAUAGAAGAAGAGGAACAAGAACAAGCUGGAGAAGAUGAAGAGGAGAGUGCUGAAACUGAAUCCACUUCCUCCAAGAAACCACCAGCUGAUCCUGAAAAAGCAUUUAGAAAUUCAAGUGACGUUCAGAAGUUUGAUUAUUUAUUGGGAAUGUCAAUGUGGAUGUUGACUGAAGAAAAGAAAAACGAAUUGUUGCGCCAGCGUGAUAAUAAACUAGCAGAAUUGCAAGUAUUGAAGCAAAAAACUAAAGCAGACUUAUGGAGGGAAGAUCUUGAUGUUUUCAUGGAAAAAUUAGAUCAAGUGGAAGAAAAGGAGAGAAACGAGGAACAAGGUUUAAAACCUGCCAAAAAGAAUCAGCCAGAGAUAAAAACUGGACGGGGAAGGAAGAAGCUUCAGCUCCAAGAGACAAUGCCGUCGCCAGUUGCUCAACGAGUUGCACCAACUAUUUCUGAUGAAUUGAAGAAACGGAUUCAGUUAGCUGCCAAAAGUAAAGAAAACAAAGGAAAAAGGGGAAUCAAAAAAGAAAAUUUGGCUGAUGAAUUAAAUGAGGAAAAGGAUGAAUUUGACGUGUUAGUACAAAAUAAAAAAUCCUUGAAGGAUAAAGUUGGGACUCCAGAAGAGGCUGAGAAAAAAGUAAAAUCUAAAAAAGCAAAAGAUGGCUUGAAGCAAACGAAACUUAAUUUUAAAAAGAAAAGUCCUGAUGGAAAAGUUAACGGAAGUCCUAAAAAACGGGGCAAAAAAGCUACGGCUCUAGACAGUGAAGAAGACAAUGAUGCCAAUAGUGGAUCUGAUGUUGAAUUUUCUAAUGUUGUAAGUCCAAUGGUGAAAGAAAGAGUUUUGAGCAAAAGAGCGGCUACAAAACAGAUAAAGUAUGAUAUGUCAGAAGAUAAUUCAUCGUCUUCAGGCGGAGAAGAGCUGUUUGACAAUGUUGCAAUCAAAGAGAAUGAUCAACGUCAGGAAAAGAUUAAUUUGAGUUCAGACAGUGAAAAUGAAUCGCCGCCUCCAAGAAACGAAACAUCAGAAGAUAUGUUUGAUACCCUUAUUGGGAGAAAGAAAGAUGAUGCUGUUGAUAGUUCACAAAGCGAAAUACAAAAAAGGAAAAAGAUUAAUUCUGAUUCAGAUUCAGAUAUGUUUUCUUCUGAGAAAGAGAUGAGUAAACCUAAAACAAAGAAAAAGAAAGUUGAUUCAGAUGAAGGUAAGAAACAAAAACCUAAAAAGAAAAAGAAGUCGUCAGACGACGAGGAUAUUGAAGUGGCGAAAAAACCAAAAUCUAAGAAGAAAAAAUCGUCAGAGGACGAAGAUUUCGAAAUUACGAAGAAGACAAAAUCAAAAAAGAAAAAAGCCAGCAGUGAUUCAGAUGAGGAAUCAGAAUCUCCUCCCAUCAAAACCGGACGAGUUGGAAGAAAUGCGAAACAGACGAAGUACGUGUUUGAUUCAGAUGAAUCAGACUGAGUGUAAUUUUUACUCAGUUUGGACAUUUUUCUGUUGUAAAAAUUCGUGUAUUUUUUGUAAUAAUUAGCAACUUUUACGUGUAUCUUUAAUUAUAAGAAUUUAAUUAUUUUUCCGUAUCAUAAAGUUUUAAUAAUAAAUUAUUAUAAAAAACA